UUGUACCUGCAGGGGCUGGGAUUGGCUACUGAGUGUGGGAACCUCUGCUCAGCCUGAUCCUCACACAUUAUUAUGCAAAGAGAGGAGUAUAAAGAGGGGCUGCAUCUCCCUGGGAUCAGAUAUCACAGGACACUAUCUCUCAGCUCUCCAGCUCCAUCACAUCCCCUUACCAGACAGGAUGGCUCCAUACACUGCUAGCAGCAUGCUCAGUACUGAGCACAGUCACAAGGCACAAGGAAUAAGAAAGAUAAGAAAACCAGUGGUUGAGAAAAUGAGGAGAGAUCGAAUUAACAGCAGCAUCGAGCAGCUCAGGAUGUUACUGGAGAAAGAGUUUGAGAAACAUCAUCUCCCAUCCAAACCAGAGAAAGCUGACAUUCUGGAUGUGGCAGUGAGCUUCUUGCAGCAGCACAUGGUUUCCAAAUGUAAACCAUCAUCCAGUCCUGCUUACAGAGAAGGUUACUCUAAAUGUCUCCAGGACUCUCAGCACUUCCUCUCCCUGCAGAAACACUCAGAGAUUCACGGAAAAAUGAUGCAGAAUUUCCAUGAGGAUCUUUCCAUUGCACAGGGUCUGUGUCGUCCUGUGUCACUUUAUUACCAGACUCCCACUAAUGGCACAGCACCACCAGCCAAGCUCCUCUGGAGACCCUGGAACUAAAUUGAUGGACUUGUUGAUACUACCUGCCUAUAAGCUCAUUUCGAACUAUGCAUGGGAAAAUAAUUAUUUACCAUAUAUUGUUGUAAUCCAAGAGAAUAUUAUUACAGGAUGAAGUCCUGUAUAGAGAAUAGAUAUUGCUGUCAUAGCAUAUAAACAGGGCCUGCCUUCUGAGAGGAAGCUUAUAAUAAUUAUAUUAUUAUAUAACAAAAUGGUGCUUGACUUGCACAGUAUAGAUGAGUUCUUUUAAUAGAAAAGGACAGAGUAAUGCUGUAAUUGUAUAUGAUAAUACACUAAGCACACUUUUGAAUAGCGUUAAACCAUUUGUAUAUUACAUUGUAUCAUAUCCUUAGUAAGGGUUCUGCUUGCUUAGUUAUAACUGUAUUGUGGCACAGAUAGGGGAGCCAAAAGUACAUGUUGUAUAUUGCCACACAUUAUGGCAUAUCUGGGACUCUCUGGGUCUCGAUAUUUAAUGUAACACUUCCUUGCUAGUGAUUUAUUAUUAUAUUACCAUGAAAGUGCAUCUUAAAGAUUUCCUACACUGUAUGCAAUAUUUGCAGUAUUUAACAGUACAAUAACUGUUACAUUUCUUAGUACUAUGCAAUAUUUGCAGUAUUGAAAAUGUUAUAUUUUUACGUAAUAUGCAAUAUUUGCAGUAUUUAACUGUAUAACUGUUAUAUUUCUUUGUAAAAUGCAAUAUUUGCAGUAUUUAACAGUAUAUUAACUGUUACAUUUCUUAGUAAUAUGCAAUAUGUGCAGUAUUUAACAGUAUAAUAACUUACAUUUCUUAGUAAUAUGCAAUAUUUGCAGUAUUGAAAUGUUAUAUUUUUUAGGUAACAUGCAACAUUUGCAGUAUUUAACUGUAUAAUAACUGUUACAUUUCUUAGUAAUAUGCAAUAUUUGCAGCAUUUAACAGUACAUUAACUGUUAUAUUUCUUUGUAAAAUGCAAUAUUUGCUAUAUUUAACAGUAUAUUAACUGUUAUAUUUCUUAAUGAUAUGCAAUAUUUGCAGUAUUUUGUUAUAUUUUUAAGUAAUAUGCAAUAUUUGCAGUAUUUAACAAUAGAAUAACUGUUCUAUUUCUUAGUAAUAUGCAAUAUUUGUAGUUUUUGGUAAAUUUUUCAAGUAAUAUGCAAUAUUUGCAGUAUUUUGUUAUAGUUUUAAGUAAUAUGCAAUAUUUGCAGCAUUUUGUUAAAUUUCUCAAGUAGUAUGCAAUAUUUGCAGUAUUUAACAGUAUAACAAUUGUUAUAUUUCUUAUUAUUAUGCAACAUUUGCAGUAUUUAACAGUAUAACUGUUGCAUCUCUUUGCAGAAUGCGAUAUUUGCAGUAUUUAACAGUAUAUUAACUGUUACAGUUCUUAGUAAUAUGCAAUAUUUGCAGCAUUUUGUUAAAUUUCUCAAGUAAUAUGCAAUAUUUGCAGUAUUUAACAGUAUAACAAUUGUUAUAUUUCUUAUUAUUAUGCAACAUUUGCAGUAUUUAACAGUAUAACUGUUGCAUCUCUUUGCAGAAUGCGAUAUUUUCAGUAUUUAACAGGAUAUUACCUGUUACAGUUCUUAGUAAUAUGCAAUAUUUGCAAAAUAUUUGAUGGAACGUUUCCAUACAUAUGUUUUCCAUGUGUGAAUGACUUACCAAUUAAUAAAAUUAUUUGUCUGCAUAA